GUCAUCGCCGCGCGCCGCCGCGGGCCGCGCCGCCAUCAUGUCGGCGCUGGGGGCCAUGGAGGCGGCGGCGCCCGCGGGGUCUCUGUUCCGGCCCCUCAGCGCCGAGGACGGCGAGCAGCAGCCGGCAGAGAUCGAGUCCCUGUGCAUGAAUUGCUUCCGCAACGGCGUGACGCGGCUCCUGCUCACCAGGAUCCCCUUCUUCAAAGAGAUCAUCGUCAGCUCCUUCUCCUGCGACAGCUGCUGCUGGUCCAACACGGAGAUCCAGUCAGCGGGCAGGAUCCAGGAGCAGGGCGUGCGCUACACCCUGGCCGUCACCUCCCGCCAGGACAUGAACAGGGAGGUGGUGAAGACCGACUGUGCCUCGGCUCGAAUUCCAGAGCUGGACUUUGAGAUCCCUGCCUUCAGCCAGAAGGGAGUGCUCACCACCAUCGAGGGGAUCAUUGACAGAGCUGUGGCAGGCCUGGAGCAGGACCAGCCCGCCCGCAGGGUGACAGACAAAGAGGUGGCAAGGAAAAUAGACGAGUUCAUCGGUAAACUGAGGCAGCUGAAGGAAGUCCAUUCCCCCUUCACCUUUAUCCUGGAUGAUCCCUCUGGGAACAGCUUUGUGGAGAACCCGCACGCGCCGCAGAGGGACGAGGCCCUGGCGGUCACUCACUACAGGAGGAGCCCCCAGCAGUGUGCCCUGCUGGGACUGGAGGGGGAGGAGGUGGAUGCGAAGCCACCGGACGCUGCCGAGGACCUGAGGGACGAGGUGCUGCAGUUCAACACCAACUGCCCCGAGUGCAACGCCCCGGCCAGCACCAACAUGAAGUUAGUGCAAAUCCCUCACUUUAAGGAAGUGAUUAUCAUGGCCACCAACUGCGACUCCUGUGGGCACAGGACCAAUGAGGUGAAGUCUGGAGGAGCCAUCGAACCGCAAGGCACCAGGAUCACCCUCCGGAUUACGGACCCUUCCGACAUGACCAGGGACAUCCUGAAGUCAGAGACGUGCAGUGUGGAGAUCCCCGAGCUGGAGUUCGAGCUGGGCAUGGGAGCGCUGGGGGGGAAGUUCACCACGCUGGAGGGGCUGCUGAAGGACAUCCGGGACCUGGUGGAGAAGAAUCCCUUCACUCUGGGGGACAGCUCCACACCCAGCAGGACAGGGAAGCUGCAGGAGUUCAUUGGGAAGCUGCAGGACAUCAUAGAGGGGAAGGCCCAGGCUCACUUCAUCAUGGAUGACCCUGCAGGCAACAGUUACCUUCAGAACGUGUACGCCCCCGAAGAGGACCCGGAGCUGAGCGUGCAGCGCUACGAGCGCACCUUUGAGCAGAACGAGGAGCUGGGCCUGAACGACAUGAGAACAGAGGGCUACGAGGCAGAGGCGGCCCCGGGCCGGUAGCGAGGGCCACCCCAGCCCUCCCACCCCCCUUCCCAGCUGCUCCAGGGACCAGGACUUGUGUGGGGCCAGCACUCUCCUCCCCUUCCUGGGGCCAGGGGAGCUGUUCCAGCCCGAAGGCAGCGGGGCUGGGCCUGGGGGCCUCCCCACGGGAGCUGCUGUGUGAGGUGCUGAUGUGUUGGGGCAGGGGGCGGCAGUGGAGGCGACUCCCCAAUAAAGCUGAUUGAUAAA